UCAAGCAAAGCUAGAACGUCAGUCGUGUUACAUCAAGCCGCUGGAAUACAUGAGACAACCGCACAAAUCAAUUAGUGCAAGUUUCCGAACGCAUCCAAACAUUCAAAUUUGGAACGCCCGUCGGAGACGCGCGGUAAAAUUGCGUCAUUCCUUGUUUUCAUUUUGGAUUUCAGCUGUUGUUUAUAAAUAAUAAUGAAGGAAAGAAAUUAUAUUACGAUCAUAGUUAUGGUUUUCGUGCCCUAUGUGUGCUUCGCGUGUUUCACUGAUAAUCAGGAAUAUGAAUACAGGCUCAAAACAGGAAGCACAUUUUAUAUGGAGUGUCGUUGCGAACAACCAACCAGCUCAAGGAUAAUGUUACAAUGGCUCGAUACACACGAUCAGACAAUCGAACCUUCGGGACCAGGUACAAAAUCGAACGUGUACACGGAGUGGUGGGACGAAGUGACCUACAGCCUUUACAUCACGAACAUAAGCAAAUCCAUAUCUGGUAACUACAAGUGCGUGACUGAUUACAACGGCCAGAUACACUAUCAUACAUAUGACGUCGAAGCAUAUGAUCCACCGUACUUUGUUAACACGAAGGAAGCGCAGUAUGUAGUUAGUGGGUCUGAUGCACUUAUCAGUUGCGAAGCUAGAGGCGAGACGGACCCGUUGAUUACCUGGCACAAAGAUGGGAAUGAACCUAUUGAGAUAACAGAUGAUAGCAAAUAUGAAAUAUCUGGACUUGGCUUACUAAUUCGUAAUAUAACUGAUGAAGAUACAGGAGUUUAUAAAUGUACAGCAAAUGAUUUUGAGACAGGUGAAGAAGUCAAUAUUGAUAUCAAAGUUGAGGUAAUAACAAAGCCAGAAAUUGAAGAAGUAACAGCUAUACCAGAUAAUGUAGCAUACGAAGGAGCAUCCAUUGCGAUGGACUGUAGCGCUCAUGGUAUACCGCCACCGGAAUACAGUUGGAAAAAAGUUUCAAAAAAUGAUAACGGAUCUAAAAUUAAUUAUGAACAAGUUUUUAAUAGAAUUGUAUUUGAAAACAUAACAGCGAAUGAUAGAGGUAUUUACGAGUGUAUAGCGUCGAAUAGUGCUGGAAGCGUCUCGAAACAGAUUGAACUAAAGGUUCUUGUACCACCUUCCAUUACGCAGUUUAGUAAUGUAACAGCUAUAGAAGACGGUACAAUACAAAUAGUGUGUAAAGCUACAGGGAUUCCGAUCCCCAAAAUUAAUAUAUUGUUUUUAAAUGAAGAAACCGAUGACCACAGUAUAGUGUGGGACAGCAAAAACAUAAGUGACACUGAAACUGAAUUUUAUUUAUCAUUUCUUCGCGUUAAUAGACAACAUGAGGGUAGUUACAUUUGUAACGCAACUAAUGAAGUUGAAUCCGUGACCUCUGAAAUGCAUAUGUCCGUGCUAUACAAACCAUACUUCAGUAAGCCCACAGUCAACGUGUGGGGUUGGGAUUCAAAUCCGGUCAAUUUAACUUGUGACUAUGAAAGUAAUCCACCUUCUAAUAUUACUUGGAGGUAUCAAGGAAGCAACAUAUCAACGAAUGUACAAUUAGAAAUUAAUAGGAGAAUAAUAGAAAAUGAAAAUAAAGUUCCCGUUGACUUUAACAAUGAAACAAUGUAUGGUAUUUAUGAGUGUACUGCUAUAAACGAUUAUGGAGAGGCUAAAAAAAUAAUUGUAUUUUUGGAGGGAUUUCCACCACCGCCUAUAAGAAAUGUAACAGUACAAAACGUAACAUCAACCUCCGUGACCUUCUCAAUCGAAGGUCCAGAAGAAAUUCCUGGCCCGAAUGUGAUAGGAUUUACAUCGGAAUACGAUCUCGCUGAAAAUUAUAACAUAACAAAUAUUCACGUUAAUCGUACUUGGGCUGUUGGAAAUUUGUAUAGGAUAAAUAAAUUAAAACCGAACAGUAGUUAUUUGAUAAAAUUCGCAGCUGUUAAUGAUGUAGGUGCGGGCGCUUGGAGUGAUAGCGUUGAAUUUAAUACGCUAGAGAAAUCAACUCCCGAAGAACCAAUAUGGGAAACGGAUUUAGACUCAAUAAAUGAAGGAAUUCUUAAAUGGAGGAAAUCGGAUGAUACAGACGAACAAAUCGAUUUCUACUAUAUAAGAUACUGCCCGGUUUUGGAUCUCGUAGUACAAUACGAGUUAUGUAACUUAGAAAUAAUUGAACCAACGACUCAAUUCGAUUUAAAUAAAUUGGAGUCAAAUACAACGUAUUAUUUUGAACUGGUAGCUCAUAAUUCUCUAGGAAAUUCUACCGUCGCAUCAAAUUAUAUAACAUCACCAGUAAAAGAUCCAUCACCGUUAUCAGCAGCAGCGAUACUAGGAAUAGUAGUAGUUAUAGUGUUCUUGGUGUUAUUGUUAUUAGACUUAAUUCUUUUGUUGUGGCGAAAACAAGGAAUAAUCGCCAGUUGUGUGAAUAAGAAGAAAAAGGAUAAAAAAGCAGAUAAACUGGAUGAACGCGAUAAAAAGGGUCUUCUGCGAGACAAUGCUGAGUCAACAGAAGCUAAGAGGCCAGCCAACGGUCACAAAGAAUACGAAUAUAAUAAAACUACAGGAGUCAUAACUGGGAAACAUUCUGCCGUAUAGCUUUUAUUAUAUUUGUAUAUUAUUUUAGCGUUAAACUAUGUAAGAUAAACUCUAAGAGAUUGUUACUUUUCAGUAUUUAUAAAUUAUAAAUUAUUUGGAUUUUACUCAUAUUAUGACUAUAAUUGACUUUUUUAUAAAAUUAUAUGUUUAUAUUUUUAUAGCUUUAUUUUCAAUG